CAUAUUCAGUAACUCGUUAGAGUAAAAAAGUUCUGUGUUCAGUAGAAGAAAUGCUGCUGGUGGGAUAUUGUGGUUGGCAUUGUCAUUAGUUAGUUCGAAAUAAUUAUAAUUUAUAACGUAGUGUAUGUUCGGUGUUAAUAUUGUAAAUUGUGUCGUGAUAAAUAUUUAGGGAAUGAGAAAAGGCAUGAAGCGUAAUGGUGAGGAGGUGAAGGAGAAUGUGUUGGAGGUUGGAGUGGUUGAUGUGCGAUGGGUGGUGAUGGCAGCUGUGUGCACCGCUGCUACACUGCUGGUGGCCGGCUCUGUAGACCUGGCCUUUCCUACACCACUUGACCGCUCUGCACCACCUGACAAGUUUAUAGCAGAGAUUGCCUAUGAGCACCUCGUCAACCUCACCUCCAUUGGACCAAGGGUAGCGGGCAGCUAUGAGAACGAGGUGGCGGCGGUGCGCAUACUAGUGGAGGCCGCUCGAGGUAUCGCCGCGGCCGCCUCGCAACACAACCGCGUCGAGCUCGACGUGUUCGCAGCUAGCGGAGCAUUCGCGCUCACAUUUCUCGACGGCAUGAGCAACAUCUACCGAGACGUGCAGAGCGUUGUGGUGCGAGUAAGAGGCGCCGGCGUCGAGCGGCCGGGCCACAAGCGGCACGCGCUGCUGCUCAACUGUCACUAUGACACCGUGCCUGACAGCCCGGGCGCGAGUGACGACGGCGCCGGGUGCGCGGUGGUGCUGGAGACGCUCCGGGCACUGGCCGCCAGCCCGUGGCCCUUGCGCCACGACGUGGUGGCGCUGCUCAACGGCGCCGAGGAGAACAUCCUGCAGGCCUCGCAUGCCUUCGUCACCACGCACCGGUGGGCGCGGUCUCUGCGUGCGUUCAUCAACAUCGAGGCGUGCGGCGCAGGCGGUCGGGAGGUACUGUUCCAGGCCGGGCCGCACGACCCCUGGAUGCUAGAGGUGUACGCCGGUCAAGUGCCACAUCCGUUCGCGUCGUCGCUGGCUCAGGAACUAUUCGAGAGUGGAUUGAUCCCGGCUGACACAGACUUUCGAAUAUUUAGGGACUACGGAAAUAUAUCUGGUGUCGACUUGGCGUGGAACAGUAACGGGUACGUGUACCACACGCGGCUCGACACCGCAGAGCGCGUGCCCCGCGCCGCUCUGCAGCGGACCGGUGACAACGUGCUGGCACUCGCUCACGGUCUCCUGAGCAGCGAGCAGCUGGAGGCCCCGGCCGAGAUGACGCGGCAGCCCGUGUUCUUCGACGUGGUGGGCGUGGCCGUCGUACUGGCCCGCGCCCCCGCCGCUCUGCUCUGCGCCGCUCUGGCCGUCGCGCUCGUGCUGCUCAAGAUACACCUCACUGCCACCAGCGCUGAGCGUGAACUGUACGUGCCGCGGCGCCAGUGGUACCGCAUCGUGUUCCGCACGCUAGUGGGCGUGGUCCUGAGCUACUGCUGCGGCCUCUCGUGCGCGCUCGCCGUGUCGCUACUCCUCCACGCCUCCUCAGCCAGCCUCUCCUUCUAUUCGCGCCCUGCUCUGCUGUUCCCGCUCUACGCGCUGCCUGCGCUAUGCGGCUCGUGGUGGGACGCGCGCUACACGUGGGGCAAGUACACGCGGGGCGGGGUGAGGGGCGGGGCGAGGGGCGCGGCGGUGUUGGCACGCGGCUGGUGGGCGGCCCGCGCCUGGUGCGACGCUCUGUGUGCGGGCUCGGCGCUGCUGCUGGCGGCGGGCGCGGCCGCAGGACUACGCAGCUCGUUCCUGCCGUUUCUAUGGACGCUCCCCGCGCUGGGCGACGUGGCCGCGCACGCGGGCCGCGCGGGCGGCGCGGGGAGGGGCUGCGCGUGGGGCGUGGCCGCGGCGCUGCCGGCGCUGCAGACGGCCUACCUGGCGCUGGGCGCCGUGCGCAUGUUCGUGCCUGUCAUGGGCCGCUCCGGCACGCUGCCUGUGCCGCCAGACAUGAUAAUGGCGGUGCUGGUGAGCUUCUUGACGCUCACGGCGUUCAGCUGGAUGUUGCCGAUCGUUGUCGCCGCCAGGAAACCGGACCGCUUGAUAUACGGCGGCCUAGCGGUAUGCGCGGUGACGUGUGCUCUGGUGGUGUGCACGGACGUGGGGUUCCCGUACGCGGCGGAGCGGCCGCAGCGCUUCAUGGUGUUCCACACGAGGCGCUCGGAGCACCGCGCGGGCCGCGUGGCGCACGAGGACCUGUACUGGCUGCCCGAGUUGGACACCAACACGCCGCUCUCGCUGCGGCGCUACGGUACCUAG